AUGUCCAUAGUUGCAGAAGCACCUGGCUUCUUCCAGCUGUUCUCAGAUGGCUCAGUCAAACGCUUCUAUCCAGAAUCAGUCCCUCAUUCCUCGGAAGAAUCAUUGUCCCCAAAUGGGUUCAAGUUCAAGGAUGUUACGAUUGACCCAUCGAAGCCAGUAACUGCUCGGAUAUUCAUCCCAGCUGACCAAGGGUCAAAGCUUAAGCUCCCGGUUCUGGUCUACUUCCAUGGUGGUGGUUUCUGCAUUGGCUCGACCACCUGGUUGGGCUACCACCAUUUCCUUGGAGACUUCUGUGUCAAAUCUCAAAGCAUUAUCGUCUCAGUGGACUAUCGCCUUGCACCAGAAAACCGCCUGCCAAUAGCUUAUGAGGAUUGCUACAGCUCAUUGGAAUGGUUGAAACAGCAAGUCUCCUAUGAUUCUGACCCUUGGCUUCGAGCAGCUGACAUAUCGCGGAUCUUCUUAUCUGGAGAUAGUGCUGGAGCCAACAUCACACACCAGGUUGCCAUCAGGGCAUCCAGGAACAAAGAUCGCCAUGUUAGUGUAAAAGGGUUGUUGAUGAUACAUCCUUAUUUUGGAAGUGAGAAGAGGACUGCAAAGGAAAAUUGCGAUGAUGCAGUUGAGGAUGUGAAAAUGAAUGACUUGUUCUGGGGACUAAGCAUACCUGAAGGGUUAACACGUGAUUACUACGGCUGCAACUUUGAGAAGCAACUAGAUGUUUCUGCUGCUGAAUGGAGUGCAUUCCCAGCCGUGACUGUGUAUGUAGCUGGCCUGGAUUUCUUGAAGGAGAGGGGAGUGAUGUACGGAGAGUUCUUAGCAAAGAAAGGAGUUAAGGAGGUGGCAAUAGUGGAAGCCGAGAAUCAGCCACACAUCUACCAUGUGUUUCAACCUGAAUCUGAUGCAACUCGAUUGCUUCAGAGUCAGAUGAGCAAGUUCAUUGAGAGUCAUUAA